AUGAAUAAUUUAGAGCAAAACUAAAAAAAUCAGAAAAGUGGUAUCCGUUGCAAGAGAUAUAUGUAUAUAUAGGGUUGGAAUCCAGUCAUUUACUUACCCCUCCUCUCUGGAACUUGGAGUCCCGUGUUUAUCGAUAUAUAGGGUUUCUCUCUUCCUUUUACAGACCGAAAUGAAGAGAAGUAACCGUCGCACGGAGAAAAAUAUGACACUGCAAUAUCUUCCUCAUGAAUUGAUCAUCCAGAUCCUACUGUGGUUACCAGUGAAGUCUCUUAUACGUUUCAAAUGCGUUUGUAAGUCAUGGUUUUCACUUAUCUCAGAUCCCCAUUUUGCAAAUUCACAUUUUCAACUUUCAACCCGAACACACACUCGUAGAAUUCUGUUCAUGUCAACUUCACCUCCCCGUAAAUCUCAAACUAUAAAUUUUGAAGCAUCUUCGCUUGUCGAUGAUACUGCUUCUAUUUCAAAUUACCGUAAUUUUGUUCAUUUGGACUCUUAUUAUCGUAUUGAAAUUAAAGGUUCAUGUAGAGGCUUUUUAUAUUUGCACUGUUUCACUGAACGGGCUCUACCGAUGUACUGGAUUUAUGAUAUCUACCUAUGGAAUCCAUCCACUGGAUUUCAUAAAAAAAUGCCUUGGUCCCCUUUUGCUUCCAAUUUAUAUAAACAAUAUUACGUUGAUUUCUAUGGUUUUGGGUAUGACCAGUCAACAGAUGAUUACUUGCUUGUUACAAUGUCAUCUCAAGAUGACUAUAAUUGGGCGCCGCUGCCAUGCUUGGAGUUAUUCUCAUUGAGAGCUAAUGCGUGGAAACAAAUUAAGGAUACUCAAUUCACUUAUACAAGGCCCAUUGGCAAUGAACAUCCCACAACAGGGUUUCUCUUUAAUGGGGCUAUUCAUUGGUUUGCUUAUUGUUGUGAAUUACGAAGAGAUGUUAUUGUUGCCUUUGAUUUAAUGGAAAAGAAACUUUUUAAUAUACAUUUGCCAGGUGAUUUUCACCGCGAACUUAACCAAUUUGGUUUAUGGGUAUUUGGAGAAUUUCUCAGUCUCUGGGCUGUGUAUUAUUUUGAUGGUCAUAACGAUGAUAUUUGUAAUCAUAGACUUGAGAUAUGGGUGAUGAAAGAAUAUAAAGUGGAUUCACCUUGGACAAAGAUUCUUGUUCAUUCUUUUGAUGACAUUUCCCAUAAAUACUUUUUCCCAAUAUGUUCAACAAAAAGUGGUGAUAUUAUUGGAAGAUAUGAGUUUACUUUGGCCAAGUGUGAUAACAAAGGACGAUUGCUAGAGUAUCACUCCUAUUUUAACGAUCAACGUGGAUGCGAAGUCGCUUUGUAUACAGAGUCUUUGCUUUCACUCCCUGACAAUGAACAAGCUUGGGAAGAUGACUGAAACAAGAAGAGCGGGGGUGUGAAAUAUUCUUCUUUACCUUUUUCUUGAUAUUUAUAAUUAUAUUCUCUUACGUGUUUUACUGCAUUUGUGACAUGAGCUAGUAUGCUAUGUGAGUUGAUCCAAUAUGUCAUGAAACAUAUUUUUUAAUAUUUGUAAUAUGCUUAUUGGGAAAUAUUGACAACUUAAUUGUUUGUGUCGUUCA